AUGUUUGGUAGAAGAUGCAUCAGAAGUUUCCAUACAUCCCCCCUAAAUCUCUCCAUCAAGGGGCCUAAUUUCAACACACAACGAUUUGUCGAUGAUAUAACCCGAGAUGGCAAAUUUACCGAAGAACAGGCAAAAGUUGCAGCUAAUAUAAUUGCGAAUUCUAUAAAUGACGGUAUUGAGCUAUAUGCAUCUAACUUGAUCACCAGAGAGGUUUUAAAUAAAAUGUCCUACAAGCAGAAAGUCGAUUUUGCCAAAUUGAAGGGAGAAUUACAGAUGAUUGACAAGUCCGAUUUCAAUUCAAUCAAAAACGAGAACGAAAGGUUGAGGAGUGAGCUUGAGAAGAUGAGAAUAAAAUUCAAGGAAGAAAUAAACAAGAGUUUAAGUAGUGUCCGGUUGGAUCUAAGUUUGGAGAAGGGAAGAAUCAGAGAAGAGAGUAGUAUAUAUGAUUUGAAGAUCAAAGAAACAGAUACUAGAAUCAACCAAGAGAUUUAUAACUUGAAAGUUCAAAUUGACAGUGUCAAGACUACUGUCUUACAAUGGCUAUUUGGUGUUUGCGCAGGUACGUUUUCAUUGGUUUUGGCAUAUGCUAGAUUGGUCAGUUAG